GCUGGGUAUUUAUGAGUGUAGGCGGGGGUUGUAGUUCAAACCGACAGUCGGUCUACGGCAGCAAACUAACAACAUCGAUUUUUGCCCCGGUGUCACAACUCACUAAAGGAUUUUAAAUAUGGCUGGAGGAAAGGCAGGAAAGGACUCCGGAAAGACCAAGACGAAGGCUAUUUCGCGCUCGCAGAGAGCAGGCUUGCAGUUUCCAGUGGGCCGUAUCCACAGACAUCUGAAAUCAAGAACCACCAGCCACGGCAGAGUCGGAGCCACUGCAGCCGUAUACAGCGCGGCUAUCCUCGAAUACCUCACUGCCGAGGUUCUGGAGUUGGCAGGAAAUGCAUCAAAGGAUCUUAAGGUGAAGCGUAUUACUCCACGCCACUUGCAGCUGGCCAUUAGAGGAGACGAGGAGCUGGAUUCACUUAUUAAAGCCACUAUUGCUGGUGGAGGUGUGAUCCCCCACAUCCACAAGUCUCUGAUCGGAAAGAAGGGCCAGCAGAAGACCGUAUAACCUGAAGUGCCCUGGAAGUUGUGCCAUCUCAGGACGAAGUCUGCAUCAAGUGAUUUAAAUGUCUUAGUGUAGAACACCUGUUAGGGUUAUUUGUAUGGUUGAGCUUGCAUUUACUCACCUGGGGUAUUUUUUAAAAGUGGCUUCAAAGAAGCUCAUUUUUGUGUUUUUUGCCUUUUUUGUUUUUGGUGCUGCAGUUGUGUUGACCUGCUUUUUGUGGCAUUCCCAUGUUCAAGUGUCGUUUUAAUAAAGCUCUUGUUGGGCAUUUGCUUGUUUGUUCUUCCAGUCAUUUUUAAUAUGCUUGUUUUAUGCAUUAUUUUGAUGCACUGAAGUGUGACCGGAUGGUGUGAAGGUAUUUUGGCAUUAAUGGCUUCAGUUAUUUACUCAGUUUUAAGACCCACCAUGAAGGCAAAGGGCAGUUUGCAUGUGGCGGUAUUACUUGCUUAAACCGGUUUCUUUUCUUCUGCAGAUAUUAAUCAGUUACAGCCUCCUGUAGACUUGUUGCAUGAAAUGCAAAGCAUGUUUACAUUAUUUAACCACCUGAACAACAGAAGCUGGGAAACCUGUGGUCUUUUUUUUCUUUUUUUUUUUUUUUUUUCUUUGAAUUGCUGAAUAAAGACUGGACUGGU